AAAGCAAGUCCGCUUUAAGUUACUAACAGGGCUGACGUUACUUUGAACCAGAUGGAGGCUUUUCUGGGGUCGAUGCACAGCCCUGAUCUGAGCUCAGUCCUUUCAUCGUGUGAGCCGGAGCUUCAGGAACUGAUGCGACAAAUUGACAUCAUGAUCAACGAUCAGAAGAAGAAGUGGGAAGAUGAGAACCGCGCCUUGGAGCUCAGGCUGAAAAGUAGAGAAGAGGAACUUUUAAACUCAAGGAGCACAAUUGAACGGAGGGACCUGGAGAUUGGAUUACUCCGCAAGCAGCUUGAAGAUGUCAAGACGGGUCCACAAGAGUUAGCCGCCAAGUACGAGCAGCAACUGCGCAAACUCCGUGAAGAGUUGGAUAAGUUAAAGAGAAGUUACCAUAAGCUUCAGCGCAAACACCUCAAGGACGCUAACGCAGGAGUGAAAGAGACAGACCUCCAGAAGGAAUAUCAUCAGCGCUCUCUGGAGUGGGAGCAACAGCGCACCCAGAGCCGGCAGGAGCUCACAAUCCUGGAGACCGAGAAUAAGAGCUUGAAAGAUGAGCUCUCACACAUAAAAUCCCAGUGGGCAGCGCACCAAGUGGAGAGGGAGCACAGGGAUUGCUGUCUGGAGGUGCAGCGCCUGCGCUCUCAGCUGGAAAAAGCUCAGAGACGUCUGCACACGCAGGAGCUGGAACUGGAGCGUCUCCGACCACUUGAGAGUUGGAAGGUGCUUUCUGAGGAAUGGGAGGAGCUGGACUCCCAGGAUGCUUUUGUGCGGCAAACCAGUCUUGAGCGCCAAAGACUUCGUAACGAAACAGCCAGAUUCAACCAAGCACUGCAAGCUAAAGAUCAAGUCAUUCGCUCUCUGGAAGACUGUCUGGUAGCUCAGGGCUGCACCGGUGUGGAAAUCCUCAGACGAGAGCUGGAGAAGACUGCAGCCAAGCUCCAAGGUGCCCAAGCAUAUCAGGGUCAUCUCAAGGCUGAACUGGCAUGUCUCAAAGAGAGGCUGCAGGUGGUGAGUAAACAGAGAGAUGACAACUUGAAGACGGAGCAAGAACUGCGAAGCCUGAAAGCGGAAUGUGACUCUUCUAUGGCUGAAGCGAAAAGGCUUAGAGAGGACCUUGAGCGGGCCAGGCAGACUCACAGCGGCGAAGUUGAGGGAAUGAGAAAGGAGGUGUCAAAGCUGACCAGCGAGCUGCACGAGCGCGACCUCGCCGUCGCCAGUCUGAGCGCCUCCUCGUCCAGCGUCAAGCAGCAGCUUCGCGAUGAGGAGGAGCGAUCAGAGAAGAAGUCUGCUGAGCUCAAAAUGACUCAUGCACAGCUGGAGAUGGUACAGGCUGAGAACCAGCACCUGAAAGGUCUGCUGCAGAGACUGCAGCCUCAGUCACCAAAGAGGGGAGGCUCCCCGCUUGCCUCCCUGAGGGAGAGUUAUGUGUCUUCUCUGAGCAGCCUGGAGCAGGAGAAUCGGCAGUUAAGGCAGACACUCGCUGAGAUGCAGUCACAACUUGAGGCCUCCAAUCAGAACAGUCAGGAUAAAUAUGAACACGCUGUGCUCAGCCAUGCUGCGACUGACCAAGAGCAGCCUACGUAUAACAGGCCACAGGAGAACAUGCAAGUCAGAAAAGCUCAGGCUCUAGAGAACACCACUCGCUAUGAAGGAGAGAUCCAGAUGCUCUUUAAAGAACUUCAAACCUCGUCCAAGACGUCCACAGGUCUGUCCCGCAGCCAGUCCCAAGGUAGCAGGCCUCAUUCAUCUGCCUCCUCGUCCUCCAGCAGCAGCACCACAACAAGACUGUCCACGAGAAACUCUGUGCUAAGCUCCAGCAAAUCUGCAGCUGAUGGACAAAACUCGAGCCCGGGAGACUCUCUGACCAGCAGCGAUAAAGAGAUUUCUUCUCCCUCUUCCGAGGACCUUUUGUCUGCAUCGCUGACAGACACAGUGGUCACUCGUUUCCUGGAGGAAGAGAACCUACGGACUGAGGAGCUGCUGCAGAGUUUGGACAGCCACAUCUUCGGGAUGAAGGAGAAGAACAACAAGACGUUCUCCACGUUCCUGCACAGCAGCUCGGAGCUGGAGUCUGCCCAGAUGUCAGUGCAGGAUGGUCAGUGAUGGAGUCACAACAGUGCCAGCUGUGUUCUUGGGCUUUAUUAUAUCAUCAUGAAUGAUCGCAGAUGGGUUAGUGCGUCCCUUGAUUGAGUGUUUUUUCAUAUUUAUGCCUCGAGUUAAACCAAGUGUUCCUUAACAACCGUCUGUAGUAAAGGUUGUAGGCUGUUACACUUGAAUGUGUGUUUAUCUGUGUGCUAGAAGAAGCUGAAUGUAGAUUACAGGUCUGAAAAGUGAAGCCAGAAAGCACAAGUGCCUUGAAGCUGUAUUUUUUUUCUAAUGGCCAGCAGGGGGCGACUCCCACAGUAGCAAAACAAAUCCAUUUAAUUUGAAGUCUGGGAAAAAUGGCCAGUGUCUCCCUUUGCCUGUGGCUUUGUGUAACACUUUCCUGAUAAAUCUAUGGGCUCAGUCUGUUGCUUGAGGUCAUAAUGAGAACAACGUGAUGUCUACUUCGCAAAUGGUCAUCCCCUUUAGUGUCCAGAAGGCAGUUAAACUUAUAUGCUUUAAGGCAUGCCUCCCUUGUGAUUGACAAGAUGCUGCCCUAAAUCCUGCACUGCAAGAUUCAGGAAGCAGGAGGAAUGUGUUCGAACACCACGUAAGUCAAAUGUCCAGGUAGAAGGACAAGAUGAUGAAGUUUGAGUAGGAGAACUCGGUUGGUCCAAACUGCUGUUUUUGUUUUUUUGUUUUUCUUGACCUGCAUAUUUUAUUUUGUCUGGAAUGCAGCAUCGAUGGGACAUUUGCAUUUCCAUCCAGACAGACUGAUGGUGCAGCGAGCCAAAGGAGGGUCCAUCCUCCCCAUACGUCUGUCAUAACUUAGAAAAUACCACAUCGUUUACACUGCGUCCAUGAUGGAGGGAGAGUCAAACACACACACACACACACACACACACACACACACACACAACCCAUCAUCAACACCCGUCUGCAGAGGCCCUCCAGCCCGUCGAGCGCAGGAAUGCGUGCACCGUGCCAAUACUGGCAUGGACCUUCAUCCCCUGCGGCGUGCUUCGUCCUCAUCAUUAGAAAGCUGAUGGAAUGUUAAUUUCUUCCAUGUGCACCGGUGAAAAAGCCGAAGGGGGGCGUGGGGACAAUUUACUGCUCUCCCAGUGAAGGACACUCUGAUCGAAUGGAAAUAAAGUGGGAAACAAA